UAAUUUUUUUAAAUUAUUAAUCGUUUUACCCCACGCGCGGAGCCCCAGAUCCUACAUUCUUCUCUCUCUUUGAUCUCUCGCGCGACCUAGCAGAGAAAAAACAAACAGCUGCUUCCAGCGCGGCGGUUCCAGGCGGCGUCUCUUCACCUAAGCCCAUCACAGUUCCUCUUCCACCAUAGCUACAUUAUUAUAUCUUUUUCUCAAAUUCACACAUAUUUAAACCCUAAAAUUCCCUGUCUUCUUCCACUCCCGGUGGGUGCUCUGGUCAACCACUUCGCCGGUUCUAUACACUUCCGCGCUAUCAGAAACGAUGAAGUACUUUUGAUUACUACUGUGAGCAUAAGGCUGAGCGACAUGGAGGAAGCCAUUAACGUCGAGAAGCUUUGAGCCGAGUUUCUUAAAGUUCUUCGCAGCAGACGAUCUACCGAAGGCACGCUCAAUGGAUGUACCUGUUUUAGAUGUUUUAAAUGUUCCAACAGUUAGUGGUUAUAAUAAUGUGGAAGAAGUAGAGGGUUAUCAGCAUCUCGUAGAUGAACUUUCACUGAAGAUUGAGGAGCUUGAGCAAAAAAUGAUUGAGGUAGAGCAGUUCAACUCUAGUACAAGUAAGAAGCAUCUAAAGGCAUCUAAAGGCAGCUCAAAUUCAAAAGAUAAAGAUAAGGAGAAACAUAUCCCAAGUCUUAAUAAGCAGCAGCAAGAGGCAUCAAAAAGGGAAGCUGCUGCUGCAAAGAGAAUGCAUGACCUCAUGCGCCAAUUCGGAACUAUUUUGAGCCAGAUCACAAGACACAAAUGGGCCUGGCCCUUUAUGCAGCCUGUAGAUGUUGAAGGUCUCGGUUUGCAUGACUACUAUGAGGUUAUUGACAAGCCAAUGGAUUUUAAUACAAUAAAAAACCAAAUGGAGGCUAACGAUGGCACUGGAUAUAAAAAUGUUCGACAAAUUUGUGGUGAUGUAAGGUUGGUUUUCAAAAAUGCUAUGAAAUAUAAUGAAGAGAGAAGUAACGUUCAUGUUAUGGCCAAAACUUUGCUGAAAAAGUUUGAGGAGAAGUGGCUGCAAUUUCUGCCUAAGGUUAUAGAAGAGGAAAAAAGACGAGAGGAGGAGGAAGCAGAAGCGCAGAUGAACAUUCAGCUUGUUUAUGAGGCGGCUCAUAACAAAAUGGCUAGAGAUAUAAACAAUGAGCUGCACGAGCUUGAUCUGCAUUUGGAAGAACUUCGAGAAAUGGUUGUUCAAAAGUGCAGAAAAAUUUCAGUUGAAGAGAAAAGAAAGCUCGGGGCAUCUCUCACCAAAUUGUCUCCUGAAGAUCUCAGCAAGGCACUGGAGAUUGUUGCUCAAAAUAAUCCCGGGUUCCAAGCUACUGCUGAAGAGGUGGACCUUGACAUUAAUGCUCAGAUUGAAUCCACAUUGUGGAGGCUAAAGUUUUUUGUAAAGGAUGCUUUAGAAAUUCAAGGCAAGAGUUCCUGCUCAGCAAGUCUGGGUGGCAACAACAACAGCAUUGGCAAUGCUAACAAUAACAACAAUGACAACGACAUCAACAUAAGCGGAAAAGAGAGAUUUCUAAUGCUAUUGCCAAAGCUGUCAAGAGAAACAUGUACAGAGCAAUGUGAAAUUUUCCACAUCCUUGGUAUGUAAGGUAAGCUGUAAAUUUUCCACAUCGGUCAUCAUAUGGGACGCGAUGACUCCCACAAUGUCCGUCUAAGGCGAAGUGGUGGAGGAAACUCUAGAAACAAUAAUGGUGAUCGUGGCAGAAAUAGUGGAAGGACGCCCCAGCAUAGGGAGUGGCAACCCCGCGAUCAACGUGGCCAACCACGAGAUGGCAAUGAUCGCCCAAGAAAUAGUAGGUCCAAAAGGAGAAGAGAAGACCCUGAGGUCAACAGUGACUACCAUCCAAACUACCCUGACGGUCAAGGUGAUGACGAAGCUGAAAGUCGGGCUAACAACCAACCAAAUCCUGAGUUGGGGGGUUAUCAAGCCAGAGGGCCGUAUGCCCCUAACAGGCAACAUCAACCUGAAAAUCCACCCCAAAGGGGUAGGAAUGACCAAGUACCACCCCCGACAGAUGGAAGGGUUGAUAGUCAGAACGCUGGAGGAAUGCCAAGAAUCGGGCCAGUUUUUGAACGGGUAGGCCCCCGAGGGGGUAGAGACUUGCGGGACGCCCUCAACAGAAAUAGAGACAAUCGUGGUUCCAACAUAGUGAACCCACCUGAGCCAGACCAAGGGGACUAAGCGAAUGUUGGUGCCAAUAUUGCUCAACCUCAAACAGCUACAGAUCCGGUGAUCCAGGCUCGGUUGGACGAGUUAACCCGAUUGGUCAAGGACCUUACCGCACCAAAACCCACUGAUUUGGACCUAGAAAGGAGGAGAGGGUCUGCCUUCUCCCAAAUGAUUAAUGACCUCCCUAUUCCAGCAAAGUUCAAGAUGCCCACUUGCAAGUACACGGGUAGUGAAGACCCACUAACUCAUGUGGAGAACUUCAAAAUCCAAAUGGACCUUCAAGGAAUCAGUGAUGACCUUAGGUGUCGAAUUUUCCCUGCAACCCUCACGGACUCGGCGCAACAAUAGUUUACUAAACUACCUCCAGGAAGAAUCACUUCUUGGGAUGAGUUUGAAGGGUUAUUCUACACCCAAUUCUCUUCAGCUCGACAGAUACUAGCGGAGUUGGGUGACUUGGUCGCCAUCAAACAGAAGCCCGAUGAGCCACUAAAAGACUACAUUCAACGCUUUAUGCAGGAGGCAACUAAAGUAAAAAAUCUGAGCGAUUAUGGCAAGUGGGCCGCCAUCAUGGGGGGCGUCCUUGUGGGAAGUCGGCUGUGGAAGGAUACAAGGCGGAAACCAACCCAUACUAUGAGAGACUUUCUUGACAGAGCUGAUGAGUUUAUUAAAUUGGAAGAAGCCGAGCGAAACGCUCAAAAUUUCAACCACACUAAGAAUAAAAAAAACGGAACAAGCUCAAAUAGUCAAAGCUCUCGAGGGGGUAAUGGUAGGAAUGGCUCCAACAAUGGUAAGAGAGGGAAUAACAGUAAUGGCGGUAACGACAAUGAUAACAAGAGACUAAAGAAUACCCCCGAGCCAGCCCGACGAGAUCUAAUCCCAAGGUUCACCACCUAUAGCCUGCUCCUGGACACAAGAGAAAAUAUCUACAAUGCAACUCACUCGGUGGUACCGUACCGCAAACCUUAUCCCAUGAGAAAGGACAUUAGCAAACGCGACAUGAACAAGUUUUGUCGAUUCCACAAUGACUACGGCCAUGACACCGAUGAGUGCAAUAAUCUAAAGGAGGAAAUAGAGUUUCUCAUCAGACAAAACAACCCCAACUUGAAAAGAUAUGUACGAUGGGACAAUGACCGGCCCCCACGACAACAACAACAACAAGCAGUUGGGGAUGACCAACAAUUGUUACCUCCCCACGUUGCGGGUCGUUUGGACAUUAUAUCUGGAGGACCUCACCUUGCCGGGAACUCCGAAAAGUCCCGAAAGAAAUACGCUCGGUCUCUGCGACAUGAACUGGGUGACGAUGUGUUGGCUGUCCAAGAGCGAGCUCCCAAGCAACCUCGUUAUGAACAUGAGUCAAUCACGUUCUCUGAAGAUGACCCCUUGGUAGUAGAGGUACAAAUCGCCAAUAUGAUUGUGGCAAGGACAAUGAUUGAUAAUGAGUCGUCAGCCAAUAUCCUCUUCAAGUCCUCAUUGGAAAGGAUGGGUUUGGGAGCAAAGGAUUUGGAGCCCUGUGAACAUCCUAUGGAUUCACAGGAAGUGGUAUGGUGCCGGCUGGACUUAUUAAGUUACCAUUGACAGUGGGAACAGCCUCCAAGAGUGUCACUAUCAUGGCAUUAUUCGUGGUAUUGGAUAUAAUAUCUCCCUACAAUGCCUUAAUUGGCCGCCCAACCCUGUAUGACCUGAAAGCGGUCACUUCUAUCUUUCACCUCCUUGUCAAGUUUCUUAUCAAAGGUGGAAUUGACUGCUUGAAGGGCAAUCAAAUAGUAGCACGAGAGUGUUACAACCUAUCCAUCGCAACCAGGGAGAAAGCAGCCACAUCCCUCGAAGCUACGGGAAGUAGUUCUCAACAAUGAAGACUCGUCCAAAACGGGGUCGAGGACAUUGAUCCCCGUUUUGGGGAUAAUGAUACAGGGGUUUGUCCGAUUGAAGAAUUAGAAGAAAUGCCAUUAGACCCCAAACAACCAUCCAAAUUAAUCAAGAUCGGGAAAAACCUUCCUGAGGACAUAAGAUCUGCUUUGAUCUAGUUCUUAAGGGAAAACCAAGAUGUCUUUGCUUGGUCACACGAAGACAUGGAGGAAAUAAGCUCCACCGUGAUAAGUCAUGCUUUAAACAUCGACGUCGAAAACUUCAAGCUAGUUCAACAAAAAAGAAGGCUACUCGACAAAGAAAGGGCCAAGGCAUUGAAGGAAGAGGUGGAAAAACUAUGGAACAACAAUUUCAUCAAAGAGGUCUACUACCCAAUUUGGGUAUCGAACCCUGUAGUAGUUCCAAAGCCAAAUGGCACCUGGAGGGUGUGCAUUGACUUUACAGACUUAGACAAGGCAUGCCCAAAAGAUUGUUUUCCCUUACCGAGAAUCGAUCAGUUGGUAGACGCAACAGCCGGCCAUGAAAUUCUGACUUUCAUGGAUGCGUACUCAGGGUAUAAUCAGAUAAGCAUGCACCCACCUGACCAAGAACAUACAAGCUUUCAAACAGACGUCGGCUUGUAUUGCUACAAAGAGAUGCCGUUUGGCUUGAAAAAUGCUGGAGCCAGCUAUCAGAGGUUGGUCAACCGGAUGUUUAAAGAGCAAAUAGGCAGAAACAUGGAGGUCUAUGUCGAUGACAUGCUGGUCAAGUCUAAGAAAGCCCAAGGGCACAUUGAAGACUUAAAAGAAUGCUUUGAGAUCUUAAGACAAUACCGAAUGAAGCUCAAUCCUCUUAAGUGUUCUUUCGGAGUAAGCUCGGUAAAGUUCCUUGGAUUUAUAGUGAACUCUAAGGGCAUCGAGGCUAACCCAGAAAAGAUAAAGGCACUGAUCGACAUGAAGUCCCCAACUAAAGUUAAAGACGUCCAAAGCUUAUUAGGCCGAAUCGUUGCCUUGAGUAGAUUCGUCUCCUAGUCAACCGACAAAUGUGUCGCUUUCUUCAACAUCCUAAAAGGUAACAAAAAAUUCGAAUGGACUGAGGAAUGCGAAAAUGCCUUCCAAGCUUUAAAGCAACAAUUAUCCCAGCCGCUGAUCCUUUCAAAACCCCUCGAUGGUGAAAGGUUAAGCUUAUACCUAGCAGUAACAGAACAUGCGAUUAGCGCAGUCUUGGUGAGGGAGGAAGAUAGAGCACAACACACAGUCUACUAUGUAAGCAAAAGACUGAUUGGGGCAGAGUGUAGAUACCCCCUCAUAGAAAAAUUAACAUACUGCUUACUAUUAGCAUCCAGGAAGCUUCGACCAUACUUUCAAGCUCACCCCAUUGCAGUACUCACUGACCAACCCUUACGCCAGGUGCUACAAAAACCUGAUACAUCGGGACGCCUUCUUAAAUGGGCAAUAGAGUUAGGGCAAUAUGACAUAACGUGUCAGCCAAGAUUGGAUAUUAAAGGGCAGGCCCUGGCUGACUUUGUAGUCGAGUGUACCAAGGCGCAAGAGGGCGACCAACCAACAAUAAUCAGUGACGUCCAAAGGCCUGACCUGAGCGAUUCACCGUAACCACACGUCCAUAACUCCGAGAAAAAUGAAAACCAAGACCAUCCAGGUGAAACCUGUAAGCUACAAGUUAUGGUUCUUCUACCGAUCAGUCAUCAGGAGCGGGGAUCACCGUAACAACACCGGAGGGACAACGAAUUCACACGGCCAUUCGCUUUGGUUUCCUUGCCUCAAACAAUGAAGCAGAGUAUGAAGCAUUAAUUGCCGGUCUGAAACUAGCGAAAGAGGUGAAGGCCAGACACUUAGACAUUUACAGCGACUCCCAGCUGGUUGUAAACCAAGUUUUGGGAGAGUGCAUGGCUAGAGGAGAAAAGAUGAUUGCCUACCUUAACAAAAUACAAGACUUGCUUGCCCAACUGGAAGGGUACACCAUUCAACAAAUACCACGAGAAGAGAACGCUACCGCCGAUGCCUUGGCAAGGUUGGCAACAAGUGAAAAGAUAGAUAAAGCCAGCCUUGUGCUAAUAGAAUACUUACCCGAGCCAAGCAUCCGCACCAAAGAAGAAGUACUCCUACUCGAUACGACUCAAUCGUGGAUGACCCCCAUAGCCGCUUACUUAGAUCAAGGGACACUGCCCACCAACAAAAACGAGGCAAAGAAAAUGAGAAGGAAGGCCACCCGGUACCUAAUCAUUGAUGGUGUCAUGUAUCGGCGAGGGUACUCAAUGCCCCUACUACGAUGUGUACAUCAAGACCAAGCCCAACGACUAAUGGAAGAAGUCCAUGAAGGUUUUUGCGGUAAUCACGCUGGUGGGCAAAGCUUAUCCAAGAAGGUACUAAGGCGAGGAUUCUUCUGGCCAACCAUGAUAGAAGACUCCAUGGAGUAUGUUCGAAGGUGUGAAAAAUGUCAAAAGUUUGCAAAAACACCAAGGGCUCUACCCAACGAGCUAACACAAAUGCAGAGUCCAUGGCCCUUCGCUAUUUGGGGUAUAGACUUGAUCGGUCAGUUGCCUAAGGGCAAAGGAGGAGUGCAAUAUGCGGUAGUAGCAGUCGAUUAUUUCACAAAGUGGACAGAAGCCGAACCACUAGCAACUAUAACAUCCAAGAAGGUGCUUGACUUUGUGGUCAAGAACAUUAUAUGUAGGUUUUGAUUACCCAAUAAAUUGGUAUCUGAAAACGGUACCCAAUUUGACAGUGUCCUGUUCACAAAUUUCUGCAUUAAGCAUGGCAUAGUAAAGAGCUUCUCGGCGGUCUCGCACCCCCAGUCAAACUGGCAGGUAGAGGCGGUGAAUAAGACCUUAAAGGACACCUUGAAGAAAAGACUCGAAGAAGCGAAAGGAAGCUGGCCAGAACAAUUACCUGAUGUUUUGUGGUCAUAUAGGACGACGGAAAGAACAGCUACUGGUGAUACCCCCUUUGCCUUUGCUUAUGGGUAUGAUGCGAUGAUACCGGUCGAGCUAGACCCACCCUCCCACCGGCGAGCGACAUACAACAAAGUCAGUAAUCACCAGCUGAUGAAUAAAUCGUUGGACCUAUUGGAAAGUCGUAGGGAGGCCUCACAAAUACGGUUAGCAGCAUACCAACAAAAAGUAGCCAGAUACUUUAAUUCCAAAGAUAAGAAAAGAAGCUUCAAGGUAGGAGAUUUAGUACUACGCAAAAUCUAGGCCAACACUAAAGACCUAACAGCAGGAGUAUUGGGGCCAAAUUGGGAAGGUCCAUACGAACUUACGGAAGUUGUACCCCCCGUCACGUAUAGGCUAGGCCGGUAUGACUCUAACAUGAACCUUAUACCAGUACCCCGAUAUUGGAACGGCCAACACCUCCGCAAGUAUUAUCAAUAACAGUUGCUUUUUAGCGAUAAUUCAUGCUAAGGGUAUGCCCGUAAGCAACUUAGAAUCUUUAUUAGUGUUUAGUCUUUUCUUUUAGAUUUGCUUUAGUUUUAAUUACAUACUACUACGUAGUGAUGUAAUAAGGCAUUGUCGCCAAUUUCAUUUAUCAAUAAAAUUGCAAGUUAUUUUCAUAUAAUGACGCAGCUUGUAUGAUUGUUAUUGAAUCAAAUUGCAAGCCUCACAAUGGUCAUAGAUAUAUGGGUAAUAGUGAGCAACCAAAACUUAAAGGUAACACCCCGGUCGUAAGAUAAAUGACCAAGAGGUAAACCUGCAUAGUCACUUGGGGGGCAACCACACCCAUAUAUGGACUAGUAAGCAAAAAUGCACCCUCGCUUAAGUAGAUAUUAAAAUUUUUAAAGUGUCGGUGCAAUACUCAAUGUUUUGAGCAACUUGUGUGUGGUGAAUGGUUGACUAUAGAUAAAUACCCACGCUAUGUGGCUCACGCCAAAAUAAAGUCAACAUUUAAAGCCAAAACCAUAUAUAAAGAUAAAGGCCCUAUGGCCAAGUAAAAAGAUUAUAGACAUAAAUGUCCUAAAAGUAAAGUUAUGGGAUUAAAGACUGCCCGGACAGUCAUGAAUCUCUAGUGGGCAUAAAAUCUGUAAAAGUAGAAUUACAUCAAUAGGAACCAUCAAGUAAGUCAUUAAGGGGACUGUCAUCUGUUGCCUCAACCCCAAAGUUGAGGUUUGAAUCGGCCUGAAUGCAAGCUGCCUGAGCCUUCUCCCUGGCUUCUGCUUCUUCACGAUUGCGACAAUAAGAUAGCAUACUUUCCAUGUUCUUACCCAGAUAACUAAAGUCAGCUUUCUAGUAUUUUAGCCAAAAUUUGAAGAAAACAUCGGUGGAGAGGUCUCCGAUCUGUUUCACCUCCGCAGCUAGCUUCUCACACUCCUUGACAUUAAUUUUGUUUUCCUCGACAACCUUGGCAUGAGCCUCCUUCUCGCUUUCAAGCUCACCCCUGAAACGCUCCUUCUCAGCAGUAACCCUUUCAACAGAAGUUUCUAGAUUACGAAUCUUCUAGGAGUAUUCUUUGCGGAGGGCAUCAAGCUCAAGUUGGAGUGAGGCUGCUCCUUGCUUGUUGUGCUCCUCUUGUAGGGCGAGAACCCUAGAUUGACCAUAAGAAGUAAUGGUUGCAGCCUGUUACACAUUAUUACAUAUAUGUUAGAUAAUGGUUAAAGGAAAUCAUUUUUACAAGUAGGAGAAACUUACCCUAAUCAUCUCGCGGCACCCAAGCGCAACGAUCUGGGCAGGGGGCAAACAAUCAAGCUUAGACAUGGUCUUGUCCAUGAUGUCCAUAAGGCCCUCGGUGUGGCUACGUGCCACCUUCAAACCCGUAGAUAAAGCCUAACAACGACCCUAUAAGGGCAGUGCAGCAAGUGACUCGGCCCCCGUGGACAUCGAACCAAUGAGGAUUGUAUCAUUAGCAGACCCAGAUGCGGAGUCAGGAGGAGGUGGCCGAGAUGAGGCAGGCGAUCCAAUAGUAAGGGUGUGAAUAUCAAUGGCCAGGCGAGGGUUAGUUUUCCUAACCUUACCAGGAGGAGCCAUGGGAGAGGCGUUAGAAGGCGAACCCUCUUUCUCCUGGUAUGUCGUUUGUUGCAACAGGCUGGCCAUAUCUGCAAAACACACAAAAAUGAUCUGUAACGUAUAAUAACAUGCAAACUAAUGAAGAAAUGCAAUAAGAAAGACAAAUAGCGAUCAUCACCAAGAGAGUCGCACUCCCUGAUUGGUCUAUUUUUAGAAGACUCGGGCAUAGUGCUUUUCGCUAUGGCUGUCUGUGCCAGCGUCGGAGGUCCCAAGGGUCUCGGGAUUUCCCGCACUCCGCUAAAUGGGGUAACAACAAAGUUGAACCCAAAAUCAUCUAACGCCCGAGGGGAUGUUAGAAUGUUUAGAUCCUUCUUAUAGUCAAGCAGUUGGGCUAAUGCAAGAGCUCUCUCGUACAUGGCAAUGGUGGGGGAAGGCUUCUCGAAUUGGUCCACCAUUUGGAAUUUGGUGUGUUUAGUCCCAAUGUCCUUCACCAAAAAAUAGAGUUUUGAAAUCAUGUUCCUUCGACGACUUCUCCAUACCAUGAAGGAAUUUAACAUUCCUGUGUGCAUGCUGAAAUUCGUAAUAUCCCGACCGAUGCUCGCUGUUGUUCGGUCUCAGAUCGAAGAGAUAGUGUACCUCAUGGCCUGUUAGCCACUUCCAUCUCAUCAAGUUAUAUAAAACAAAUAUGCCAGUCAGGACUCACAUGGCCAAGGGAGAGAACUGCCUCGGACUAAUGCCAAAAUAAUCAGCCACGUCUUUGAAAAAAUUAUGAAGGGGGAGUGCCCCCCAUAAGUGAUGUGGCGACGGGACGAUGCACACAGCCCCUCCUCAAGAUCAUGCGCCAAUUGAUUCGGGGAGGGGAGUACUAACUGGCAAUCCUUGCCAUUCACAAUCAACUCCUCCACAUAUUGGAGUUGGGUCUCGCUGAGACUGCUAGAAGGGGCCACGAAGGGGGUCUGCUUGGUUUUGCAGCGAGAAGUGCGAACCUCUUUAAUCACUUUCGGGACGAAAUCACUGAUUUUGGGAGUGGCUGGUUGGGAGCCGUUUGUUGGUUCUUUCUCUUUGACAGCUUUGUAAAGGGUAUUCUUAGCCUCCUUUUCCACCCUCUUCUCAAACUCUUUGACUAUCUCUUCCAUGGCUCCAUCGUCAGAAUCAGGCUCAACAUCGUCAGAUACCCUCCGUUUAGUAAUGACCUCCGCCAUAUGAGGACUGUCAGAAAAGCUAACCCGACUCUUCUUUUUAGUGCGAGUCAUAGCGUUCAACAUGGUAGGUAGUUUUGCGGUGGUUAUAGCAGUUUCGGCCAAGUGGAACCCCCCUGACGAGACCGAUGGGCACCCCUACUGAAAUAUUGAUCUCACCAAAAGGAAGAGUGUAUGUCCACUCUCGGGGUAGAUAAAAUCGUAUCCCUUUUUCAAGCUCCCAAAUGUGCCUGUUGUAUGCUUCACCACCUAUUCUCUCUCGGUAGAGGUGGUCGGGCGUCUCUGACACACUACUAAGCCCCUCGUCUCCAGACGAGUUGUGUGGGGGCGACGCUGGACAAUCUUCAAACAAUAGCUGAAGAAGGUCCUCGUCUACUCGGUGUUCACCUCCCCAAUAAUCGCUAUAACGCAUCUGCAAAAAGGAAAAAGCGAGGAGGUGAAUACACCGAGUAUUGCUAGUAAGCUAUCCAUAGUGGACUCACCUACUAGUACAAAAAUAAAAGGAGAAGAGAAGAUAUGCACAACAAAAAUUUACAGUGAGAUAAUCAUCUAAGCAACUAAAUGAAGGGAGCAACAAUGACCAUUACAACGCUUAAUAUUCUUACUAAGUGUAAAAAGUAAAAACAACAAUUUACUCCAAAUUGCAAAAUUACACCACGGGCGUCCCAAGGCAUCACCCCCUAUGGAUAGUCUCGGGGUGUACCACCCCGACCUCCCAUGGUAUGGUCUCGAGGUGUGUCACCCCAACUUCCGCUUGGAGUUGAUGCCCCGAAAAAAAAUGGUCUCGGGGUAUAUCACCCCAACCCCCGCUUGUAGUAGGGUAUCAUCCCGGCCUUCAAUGGGUAAUUAGGGGGUAACACCCCAGCUUCAGGGUAUAAGGGUGUCUCGGAGUACUCCCCCCCCGACUCACAAAGGGGUGAUUCAAGAUAUAUGUGCGCUUUAGAAAAAGAUGAAAAAUGAGAAAGGGGUUUACUAGGGUGUACCCCGAUCCUCUAGCCGCGGGGUGAACUAUAACCCCCAUAUAUUUGAAGUAAACACAUAUGUCCAUGACUACUAGAAAAAAAACAUGGUACUCAAAUAUGUACAAGAAAGAUACUCCAAAAAUUACAUUCAACUUGGCUAUGUGAUGACUCGCAUAAUUGUUUAAGUCAUCACACACAUAACCAUAUAGAAUCCAAUGUGGAACCUACGGGUAAGGCUUGAUGUAGUACCUUCCCCAGUUGUGAGAUCUAUCUAGGAGUGGUAGCAAUAUUCCAUCAUUUAUCCAAGUUAAGAAACCAUAAUUAGCUAUGGAUAAUUUUAUCUAAAAAUAACGCUUGACUUUUAAAUCAAGCAAGAAGGAUCGGCAAUGGCACCUAGUCUCGGGGUGUCACCCUGACAUCCAAGGAAGCCAAAUCAAGUGGCCGCCCCUACCUCCAAGAAGGUUGGCUCUGGGUACCACCCCGACCCCCCAAAGGGGUAUCCCAAUUUCAAUUUCCCUUCAUUUUCCCAACUUUGAUUUUCUUAGCCGCAUCCCAAGAUACCCCUUUAGGGAGUCGGGGUGGUACCCCGAGCCAACAUUCUUGGAGGUAGGGGCGGCAACUUGAUUUGGCUUCCUUGGAUGUGGGGGUAACACCCGAGACCAAGUGCCAUUGCCGAUCAUACUUGCUUGAUUUAAAAGUCAAACGUUAUUUUUAGAUAAAAUUAUCCAUAGGUAAUUAUGGUUUCUUAGCUUGGAUAAAUGAUGGAAUA